GCCCCACGUGGGCCAGGAAACGCGUCCACCGUGAUGAACGACUAUCCACCCCAGCGCUUAGAACAGGGUGUCUCCAAAGAAGUUGAAGACAGCACUAUGGAGAACUUCACAGCCGAUAGCAGGUUUUUGGCUCCCCUCAUUGAAGAGUAUGAUGCACAUCUGGAAGAGAUGAAUGGUCAACUGGAAUAUUAUCAGACGCAGAUGGGCGAGAUGAGACUCAAGUUGGAGUGUGUCACCAAGGAAAACGAGAGGCUGCAUGGCGCCUUGAAACAGGCCGUCGAGAAGCAGUUGGAUGGUCUUCCCACGGGGCUGGCUUCAGAGACCGAGUCCUUCGCGGAUGGAGAAACCUUCAGGAACCUGCAAGAACAGCUGCAGCUCGCUAACCAAGAGAAGCAGCAGGCUGUACAACUGUGGCAGACGGUGUCUCAGGAACUAGCCAGGCUGCAGCGGGUUUACCAGGAACACGUGAGCGACGUCUACGUUCAGGAAGCUGAGAGGCAGAAGCAAAGGGAUCAACUGAACAAUUUCCAACAGCUGACCCGGAAGCUCCACAUAGCCAAUGAAGACAUCGAGGCGACGAACCAAGAGUUUCUGAAAGCAAUAACCGAGCAGAGGGAAGAAGUCGAGCAGCUGCGGACACAACUUAGGCAGACCAAAUCUGAUCUCAGAAAAGCAACUUUCCAAGUGGAAGUGCUGACCAAAGAGAUGGGAGACCUUGUAGUUCAGGUUCAAAAAAAGGAAGAAGAUCUGUCAUCCGCUCACGGGAGGGAGGAGGAAGCCGAGCGGUUUUCCCAGCAGCUACAAUCAGAUAUAAAGCUGUUAGAAACCAGGUUGCGGGCGGCUACUCAGAACGCCGAGCGGUUCCGCGGCGAGCGGGCGGAGCUGGAAAAGGAAAGCCAAGAACUCCGAGCCAGGUGCGUCAAGCUCGAGAAGGAGAAGUACGAAGCGUUCCUUAAAGUCCGCGACAGCACCCAGCUCCUGGAAGAGGCCAACCUUCACAAGUGCCAGGUACUGUUUGAAGAGAAGCAAAAAAAAGAAGAAAUAGAGAAAAUGAACCGCGCCAUUUCGCAGAUCUUACAAGACGCCGCUGACCGGACCAGGAAAGAAGUGGAGAACACAAGAAAGCUGUUCAACGGGCAGAUCGCGCGGCUGACCGAAGAAAUCUCCGACCUGGAGAUGAAGUGCGGCGAGAAGCAAGACCAGAUCGAGCGGCUCGGCCGGGAGAAGCGGACCCUGGAAGACGAACUCGGAAAGAGGUGCCAGGAAGGGCCGGGCAACGGAGGGGCCGACAGGAGGCUGGAAGAGUCGCAGCGGAGAUGUCUGCUCGUCGAACGGGCCAGAGACGACCUGCAGCUCAAGCUCCAGACGGCCCUCGUGAAAAUGCGGCAACUGGAGAUCAAUUCCGAGGAAGAGGCCUCCCGCAGCCGGGAAGCGACGGGGCAGCUGCGGAGCGCGCUGGAGGCGGAGCGCGAGCACUGUCGCGGCGUCAGUGAGCAGCGACUCCAGCUUCAGCAGGAGAACCGGCAGCUGCAGGGGGAGGCGGAGGAGCUGAGGAGGAGCGCCCUGGAAGCCCAGCGCAAAGCCACGUUGAAGAUCAGCGCCCUCGAGCACGAGCAUUCGGUGAAGGAACGCGGACUUGAGGCGCAGCUGCACGAGAUGGAAGAGAGCCACCGAAGCUCCACCGCGGAGCUGAGACGUCUCUUAGUGGCCCAGCAGAAAGCCACCAACCGCUGGAAGGACGAAACCAAGAAGCUCACCGAGUCGGCCGAAGCCAGGAUCGGUCAUCUCAAAAGUCAACUGAGUCAUCAGAAACUGCACACACAGGAUUUGAUUUCUCAACUGGAAACAGCCAAGGAAAAGGCCAUCGAGAGUGAAAAGUUGUCGGCGGAGCAUCAGAUGAAAAUCGGACGUCUUCAGAGCCGGCUGAACGAAACCGAGCAGCGAGCCGUGUCGGCCUCCCAGAAGGACUCCAGGCGAGGCACUCGGUGAAAAGAAAUCCCUGCGGACAAGGGUCGCCAAAGCUGUGGCGACGAGAUCCGUUUCCAGAUACGCCAUAUCCGGGACGGGGUUGUCCUCGACGUGGAUUCUGGUGGCUGUGAUACUCGCCGAUGGCUCUACAGAAGGUGUCCCAGGCAACCUUACUGUUUUGACUGUCCUGAAGUUGGACAGAUGACGGUGACGGUUAUCAA